GAAUAUAAAUGGGUCUGAUUAUUGCCAACAGUUGCAGGUAUAUGAAGCACUGGUAUUAAAAUCUCACUCUUUUUGUUGAUUGAUUAUGUAUAAUGAAUGUGUGACUUGUAUACACCUUGAAACACAAUGGAGAACGCACAACCGUUACAUAUUGGAUGUACUUUAAUUUGGCCAUUGGUAAAGUGAAUAAUCCGAGGCUCUGAAAUGAUCUGAGCUGGGGAAGGUGUAAAUUAAAAUAUUAAGAAAGAAGAGAAGGAAAUAGAUAUAAAUUUAUCCAGGAUGUCUGUGGCUAACCUUACUCAUUCAGUUUAUGGAUGCGGUGUGAACAUGGUCAUGAUGAUUUAUAUGAUCGUUUAAAUUAUAACAAGGCAACUGCAGAUAUUCUAGUCAAACUGUCCCCUAAGGUGCUGCAGCAAUAUGGAGAGCUAUGAGAGGUUAUGACUCUAAAGUCUGCAGUCUGCAGUUUCAAAGCUGGCCUUUGGCAUGAGUUGAUGUCCCAAGGGUUGACUACCAAGGAUAACCUUAGUGGAGUGGAUAUCAGUUAGAAAAUUGUGUGUUGUGCAACAAACAAGUGGAGAGAUCAACCAAGGUGGGAUAAAUUGGUUUUGCAGAUAAACUUUUCAAGAAUGAUGACCAGAGAGUGCUAAAGAUGACAUGAACAAAAUAUGCAGGUUCCAUGCCCUUACAUUUUUGAUCCAGCAGAGAAGUACAUAUCUCUGAUAAUUCCUGCUUUCAAUGAAGAGCAUAGGCUUCCUGGGGCUCUUGAUGAAACUUUGAAUUACCUUCAACAACGUGCAACAAAGGACAAGUCUUUCUCAUAUGAGGUAGUAAUUGUUGACGAUGGAAGUGUUGAUGGGACAAAGAGAGUAGCUUUUGACUUUGUGAGGAAGCAUACAGUAGAUAAUGUAAGGGUUAUCCAACUUGGAAGAAAUCAUGGCAAGGGAGAAGCUAUUAGAAAAGGGAUGCUUCAUUCACGUGGUGAACUACUUCUAAUGCUGGAUGCUGAUGGGGCAACCAAGGUUAAUGACUUGGAAAAACUUGAAAAUCAGAUUCAAGCAGUCGCUAAAAGGGAACUUGGGGAGUUGGCAGCCACUGAUUCAAGCUUAAGGAUUUCUGAUAUUCCAAUUGCAGCAUUUGGUUCUCGUGCACAUCUUGAGGAAAAGGCUUUAGCUACAAGGAAGUGGCAUCGCAACUUUCUGAUGAAGGGUUUCCAUCUUGUGGUCCUCUUGGCAGCCGGACCUGGAAUUCGUGACACUCAGUGUGGUUUUAAGAUGUUUACUAGAGCUGCUGGAAGGAAGCUGUUUUCAAACAUCCGUUUAAAGAGGUGGUGCUUUGAUGUUGAGCUGGUCUAUUUAUGCAAAACAUUUGGCAUCCCUAUGAUCGAGAUAUCUGUCAACUGGUCCGAAAUUCCUGGAUCGAAGGUGAACCCAUUGAGCAUUCCUAACAUGCUGUGGGAGCUUGUACUCAUGUCUCUGGGAUAUAGGACAGGCAUGUGGAAAGUAUUAUAUAGCUGAGGUUCGUUUUGAACCUGGGCCUGGCCCUUCUCAUUGACGAACAGCCAAACCUCCAUUUUCCAGUCACUCUGAUUCAGUGUAAUGCAGCAACAAACAAGUGAAGAAGCAUUCUGAUUUCUGACUUUAGCAUAUUGUUGGACAUGCAUUUCCUCCAUUUGCAGAAUCACUUGAGGAGUCUCUCUCUCAAGUGAAGAAUAAUUUAUAGAAUCACUUGAGAGAGAGAGACAGAGAGAGGGGGGGGGGGGGGGGGGGGGGGGGGGG